AUGGAAGAUCCGAAGCCGAACAUAAACCUUCCCGGCAUAGGCCUUCCCCAAGCGCUCCAUGUAACGGAGUUGUUGAAUCCGAUGCCGAUAUUCGAUCCACCAAGAUCUAUAAAUACAAGUGUACUUCAUCCAGCCCUCCAAACAGAACCGCCGCGGUCUAUGAUCAUCCAGAAUGAUCCUGAGUUUCUACGGAACCCAGAAAACACGAGGUUAAAUUCGCAGCCCCUCAACGUUCCAAUGGCUGUCUCAGAUCGAAGACCUCUAGUAACGCACCCAAUCCCUGGCGCCCGAAUAGGGACCCUGCAUCAACUACAUGCAGAUCCAUUUGCUGCGCCUCCUUGUGCAGAAUCGACGAGACCAGAUCCAGUUUCGGCCCCAAGGCCCUCAGAUCCUGUUUCGCAACAACCGCGACCAGAAUUGAAUCCUUCACAUCCUAUCUGUCAUCCUAAUUCGGAUCCUCGUGCAUCAUUCCAACCACAGUGUACACAGUCUAAUCAUCAAGGUUCUGAGCGAUCCAACCAAAACGAUCGAGACGAAGAACAUUAUGAUCCGUGUCCGCUUACCCGCAAACAAUUAGCCGCUCGUCAAGCAAUUUCGAGAGACUUGCCGAUGUUCUCUGGGAACCCUGAGGAAUGGCCUCUUUUCCUCUCCACCUUCAACAGUACGACAAUGAUGUGUGGGUUUACCGACGAGGAGAACAUAGUUCGCCUGCAGCGGAGCUUAAAAGGUCGAGCAUACGAAGCGGUAAAAUGCCGACUAAUGCAUCCCUCCAAUGUGACCGGAGUAAUAUCGACGCUCAAGAUGUUGUUCGGACAACCUGAGGUUAUUAUUAGUUCGCUGAUUAGAAAGAUCAAUUCCCUUCCACCACUGAAGGAGGAUAAAUUAGAAACGCUCGUAGACUUUGCUGUUCACGUAGAAAAUUUUUGUGCGACAGUAGACGCGUGUGGACUGGAGGAAUACUUCUAUAAUGUAACAUUUCUCCAUCAACUCGUCAGCAAACUACCACCUGCUAUCAAAUUAAAUUGGGCACAACAUAGGCAAACGCUUCCCAUGAUCAACUUACCAUCGUUUAGCAGCUGGCUGUAUACGUUAGCGGAAGCCGCUAGCGCCGUAAUUAUCCCCAAUGUCACUUCUGAUCCAACACCCGUUCGGAAUGAGACUCGUGGUAGUAAAAAAUGGAAUUCCUACGUCAACGCACACUCGGAAGAAACUUCAUCAAAUUAUCAUAACACUCCAUCAUACAAACCAAAUGCACUCAACGAUGUCUGUCCAGUAUGCAAAGGAACCUGCAAAUGGAUUGCCAAAUGCAAGCAUUUUAUAGAGUUCUCUCGUGAUGCACGUUGGGCUACAGUCCGAGACCUCGGACUCUGUCGGAGGUGCUUACGUCGACAUAAUGGUGGAUGUCAAGCUAAACUCUGCGGAAAAAACGGAUGCGAGUUAAAACAUCAUGAGCUGCUACAUAACGACCAGAAAAACGCGUCGUCAUCCUCCACUAAGCCAGUAGCAGCUUCUGCAAAUAAACCUACGAUGGUUCAGCGCAAUAAUCCAUCUUCUCCAGGAACGAGUACAUCUGAACACGGAUGCCACACUCAUCAGGUAACAUCCAGCCGAAUUCUAUUCCGCUACAUACCGAUAGUUGUUCAAGGAAAGCACGGUUUAAUAACGACAUUUGCCUUUUUGGAUGAUGGUUCGGCGCUCACACUUCUCGAUAAUGAUUUAGCUGAUGAACUGAUGCUCGAAGGAGAGAAAAAACCGUUGUGUUUACAAUGGACUGGCGGGGCACAGAGACGAGAAGACAAUUCAAGAUCCGUCAGUCUUACUGUAGCAGCAGCACACCGUCCAUCCAAGCAGUAUACCUUGAACGGCGUACGCACAGUGGAUGAACUGUUAUUACCACCACAAACGCUUAACGUAGAAGAACUUCGCAAGCGAUGUUCUCAUCUUAAUGAUUUACCAAUUGCCUCAUACGAAGAUGUUCGACCGAGAAUACUGAUUGGAAUGAAGGAUCAGCACCUCAGUCUAGUUCUGAAAAGCCGAGAGGGAACACAAAACCAGCCGAUUGCUGUUAAGACCAGAUUAGGCUGGACAAUCUGCGGAGGAGGGAAUCAGGACGACGCUACCAAUCUAGUGCACUCAAUUUUCCACGUGUGCCCUUGUGAAAAACGAACGGAUGAGGACCUACACAAAGCGAUGAAGGAAUAUUUCGCAAUUGAUAGUUUGGGGGUCGCACAACCAAAAAAAACGCUUCUGUCUGCAGAAGAUGAACGAGCCCAGUUUCUGCUAGAAUCUACGACCGUGCUCAAGGGUGGCCGCUACGAAACCGGCCUAUUAUGGCGCUACGACUCUGUUCGUUUACCAGACAGUCGUUCAAUGGCACUACGCCGACUUCAAUGCCUCAAAACACGAAUGGAUAGAGACCCUCAGCUCGCGGAUGCGCUUAACCAGAAAAUCAGCGAGUUUGUCACAAAAGGAUACGCCAGAAAACUUUCCGAUGAAGAACUGAAACAGCCACUGCAGCGAGUCUGGUAUUUGCCCACUUUCCCCGUUACAAAUAUCAAUAAACCAGGGAAAAUUCGAAUAGUGUGGGACGCUGCUGCCUCCGCUCAUGGAUUCCGGGAAGGACGGAUAGGUCUCACCGGAGAUGUACGUGAGAUGUUUUUGCAAGUUCUUAUGCGUUUAGAAGAUCAGCAUUGCCAACGAUUCUUUUGGUACGAUGAAGAAGGUAAAAUUGUGGUUUACGUGCUGCAGGUGAUGUCCUUUGGCGCCUGUUGCUCCCCUAGCAGUGCCCAAUACGUCAAAAACGUUAAUGCGGAACGCUUUAAAGCAAAUUUUCCAGCGGCAGUAGAAGUGAUACAAAAACGACACUAUGUCGACGAUAUGCUGGUUAGCGUCGAAAGUGAAGAUGAGGCAAUUCGACUUGCCCAACAGGUAAAGAAGGUGCACUCGAAAGGCGGAUUCGAGAUCUGUAACUGGAUCAGCAACUCUAAACGCGUCAUAGCGGCAUUGCAAGUGGAACCAACGAAAGAGAAGAACCUUGACUUAUCUCCAGAACUAGCCACGGAGAAAGUGCUUGGAAUGUGGUGGUGUACUAAAUCGGAUACCUUUCCUUACAAGGUCGGCUGGACUCGCUAUGGACAAGCGCUGCUGGAAGGACAACGGCAUCCCACUAAGAGAGAGAUGCUGCGGGUUCUCAUGUCCAUGUUCGAUCCACUUGGUCUUAUCGCUCACCUCCUCAUGUACUUGAAGGCAUUGCUUCAGGACGUAUGGCGUUCAGGGAUCGGCUGGGAUGACGAAAUUAGCGACUCUCUUUUCGACAAGUGGCAAACCUGGCUGCAAGUCCUCCCGAAAGUUGAAAAAAUUAGCAUUCCGCGGUGCUAUCGCGCACAAGUCACUUCAGACUGCAAAAAUAUCCAGCUGCAUACAUUUGUUGACGCCGGCGACAGCGGGGUUGCUGCGGCUUGUUAUCUGCGUUUCUCCCAGUAUGACAUCGUUGAAUGCAGCUUAGUAGCUGCUAAAACGAGGGUUGCGCCAUUAAAAUACCUUUCAACGCCUAGAUUGGAACUUCAAGCGGCCUUGAUUGGUUCCAGGCUUGCUCGGUCCAUAUCAGGAGCACUAUCGAUCAUCGCCGCUAGUCGCCUUUCGUUGCGUUCCGAGUAA